CCUCGCCAUCACACCCUCGUGCCACCUAUGCAAUGCCCUUCCUGGACCCCCCGACGGACUCGCGAUUCCACCAACAUGCCCCGCGUCGGUAACGUCCUCCUCGCCUGCGCUGUGUGGCUCGUCGGCUUCAACGGCCUCGUGAGCGCCGUUGAGUCACCUCGAGCGCCAACAGAUCCCUACUUCCUAUCGCCGCCGGGUUUCAUCCCGGACGACAAUGCGCCGCAUCACGUCGAAGAUCGAGGGGAGCUGGAGUUCACACUGAGAAGCAUCUACCACCAUGGCGUCUCCAAGCACCCCAAUCUCCACCGAUACAUGGACAUCCCCGCCAACGCCCAAGUCCGGGUGGCUGACGAGGACUCCAACAGCCACAUCGUGGUACCCCAGUCGCUCCGCGCAAGAACCACGUCAUCAUCAAUAGAAAGAUUGGCGGAUCGAAACCGCUCGAGGAUUGAUGGGCUGUUGGACCAUGCACUCGCUUAUGGACAAGCCGCAUCUUUGCCCUCUUCUGCUUGGACGACCGAUGAAGUGAUCGGCCCAGACAUCUCGGACAAGUCGACCGUCAUCACCCUUGCGUGGGCGGCGGCCAACGCGUACGUACAAGAACGGCUCAAAGAUCCGUGGCACGAGAUUGGCGGAGGCUUCAACACGUCAGACGAUUUUGGUUGGGAGGGCGAUGGGUUGCGCGGCCACAUUUUCGCUACCAAGGACAACAGCACCAUCGUGAUCGGUCUAAAGGGCACGUCGACGGCAAUCCUUCUCGAAGACGAGACUUCAGAGCGGGACAAGGAGAAUGACAACCUUUUCGGAUCCUGCUGUUGUGCCCAGGGUGGCAACCUCAUGUGGACGCCUGUUUGCGACUGCAUGACAGACACCUUCACCUGCAACCAGACGUGUCUCGUGAAGCAGCUUAGGCGGAAGAGUCGCUACUAUCUCGCCGCGCAGGAACUCUACCACAACGUGACGGAAAGGUAUCCCAAUUCGGAGAUCUGGCUGACCGGCCACUCCCUGGGUGGCGUGGUGAGCACUCUCCUAGGUCUGACAUAUGGGCUACCAGUCGUCACCUUCGAGGCGUAUCCCGACGCAAUGGCCGCGUCUCGUCUCGGACUGCCCACUCCGCCCGGCUACCAUGCUGGGGCGCAUCAGUCUAGGACGGAUGUUGGCAUCCAUCACUUCGGCCAUACUGCCGAUCCGGUCUUUGUGGGACAGUGCCAUGGCCCCUUCUCUCCCUGUUCCCUCACAGGUUACGCACUCGAAAGUGCGUGCCACACCGGAAAGAAGUGUGCCUACGACACGGUGAAUGACUUGAACUGGCGAUCGAGCGUCCGAUGGCAUAGCAUUAUUGGCGUCAUCAAGGAUGUGUUGAUGGCAUACGAUACUGCAGCGAACUGUACCACCCAUCUGGACUGCGUCGACUGCUUCGCCUGGAAGUUCUUUGAAAGCAAUGGAACUGAAACCACCACCAGCAGUACCAGUCGUCCAACAAGUACAUACACCAGAACGCGAACGGAGACGUGUAAGACACCAGGGUGGUGGGGAUGUCUGGAUGAGACGACAACGUUCAAGAAGACGACUACCACCAGCACCAGCACCAGCACCACCUCGACGUGCAAAACGCCAGGCUGGUUUGGAUGUAAAGAUCCGACAACCACCAAGUCUACCACUACGAUCACGAAAUCCUCCGCCAGGCAUGGACCAGCAAUCACGACCGUCACGACAACGACAACCACCACUCCCACUUCAAGCACAACAUGUGAGACUCCCGGCUGGCUUGGGCGUUGCCGCGACUCGACAACGAGCCCCUCCACGACCCCCAAACCGUCAAGUCCUCCAUCCAAGCCCACGCCGACGGCCACCAAGCCGCCUACGGGCUGUGCUUCGCGAAAAUGGUUCGGUCUCGUAUGUGCGGAUCCGACGUCGACGACAUCAUUAUCCACGCCGAGUCCCUCGCGUCUGCCGACUACCAGGCGGAAGGUGUGUGCUCGAAGGCAUUGGUAUGGGUUGUGUAAGGAGUGGCGUUGGGAGGAAGUGAUUGAUCCUAAGAGCGAUUUAUGAUUGCGUAUAGCGGGGAAAGACGGCGUAUUAUUAGAAUUAGUUUUAUCGCAGCUCCACACGAAUAUAUUGAUAAUGACUGC